CGUCGAUCACGGUGAGUCCAAGUUCAGAGUUAUAUUUCUCUUGGAUGAGCCCUUUAGAUGACGAGUCUGAAUCUGCUGGCGUGCGGUUUCCUCACGACAGCAUAUAUGACGAGUCUCAAAUUUUACCAUUCAUGCAUAUCUGACUUUUUUCACUUUUCUUGUCGAGUUCUUGCAGAUGCAUCUUACUAACGAGCACUUAUUCUAGAUCCCACCAUCGCAAUGCCCUCUGUUGUUGAUGACGAUUGGUCUGAUUCCGAUGAUGAGAUCGGUUCAGAAGUAGAAACAGCGGUUUUGCUAGGCAUCCCCGAUGGUGUAAUCGAGACAGAGACUGAUAUCAAAGAUGCUGCGGUUUCUCGUAUUGGCGGGCAUCCUGCAAUACUGCCUUCGAGAGAACCACCGUUCUCCUCAUCUCAAUGCAAGAUCUGUUCGUACCCCAUGGAAUUGCUUGUACAAGUCUGGUGUCCAGUCGAGGACAGUCCUAUGGAUAGAGCAUUGUACAUCUGGGGAUGUUCCCGGAGUGCUUGUCAACGAAAAGAUGGGAGUGUUCGUGCUUGGCGUGCUCUGAGAUACAACGCAGAGUAUGCAGCAAAGCUUGAAAAAAUGUUGGCGAAGAGACAAGCACAGCAGAAGGCUUCCUCGCCUGUAAAAAGUGCUCCCACAACUAAUCCGUUUUCAAUGCAUGCGGCGGGGUUCACUCCUGGUCCUUUUGGACUGGGUGACCGCGUAUUCGGACAGCCAGCUCCCACAGCCGCUGCCCCCGCAAUUGAAGAUGAGCCAGAGGACACAUCUGAUACAGAAAGCGCCACGUCUGAGUCUUCUGCACAUUCAUUAAUAACCGCGAUGGCGUUAACAACGAUUGAUGAUUCGCCAUGGCGAGCUGCUCCAUCAUUUCCCCCUCUGUACCUUUCAACGACUUCUGAAUAUUUGCCUCCCCCGCCCAAGACCAAAAGUCCUCAGAGUGACCAUAUAGAGGACCCUGCAGAUGAGAAUCCUAAGGACGGAAAGGAUGUAAGCUGGGCAUUCGAACCAUACGAGAACUCCUUGGAGGUGGACGUUGUAUUUGAUCGGUUCUCGAAGCGAGUGAGCAGCACAGGAGUGCAAUGUCUCAGAUAUGAACUGAAAGGGAUCCCCCUGCCUUUUUCUUCGGAUAAAGUGUUCGACAGAUUAUUCCCUUUCCCUCCUCAGGACCCUCUUCCAGUGACAAAAGCUGCUUUCAAGGUCGUCUCUGCUGCUAAACGUUCAUACAGCACUGCAUCAAUAUCUCCGUGCCCAGCGUGCAAGGCGGCGCGCGUCUUCGAAUGCCAACUUAUGCCCAACCUGAUCAACGUCCUCAGGGCCUCAAUCAAGGAUGAAGAGACGCAGUUGACAGACGAACAAAGGAUGAAGGUGGUACAGGAAGUACUGCAGAAAAAAGUUGCAUCUGAUAAGCGAGGUAUGGAGUGGGGCACUUGCAUGAUUUUUUCGUGUGAAAAGGACUGUUGCCUUGAUGACGACGGUGGUGACAAGGAGUGUUGGAGAGAAGAGUUUGUUCUCGUUCAGUGGGACGACUAAAUUUAACAAGUAUUGUAUAUCCCCGGUCCUGAUUACUUUGCAACAUAUGCAUUAAUUGAUGCUGCUUGUCGGGUCGUUGAGCACAAUAAUUGGAUCAAUGAUCAGGCCAACCUGGGUUUGAGCCCGUGAUGGGAAUAAC